AUGUCUCUCUUCCAUAGAAAAUGUACUAUUGGCGGUGUAAAUGCAGAUGUUUGGAUAGCCAAACAAGCAGAGGACAAUACUUUUUUAUACUGUGCCCAGUCUAUUAUACACUUGUUGGGUUACACUAAACCACGCAACGCGUUACAACACAUUAAACCGCAUUGGAGAAAGAAUUGGGGUGAAAUCAAGGCAAGUUUGGAACCGGGCUGUCUGGGAACCAUCGCUACAACAACGCCCCCAACCUACCCCGAUUCCAAAUCACCGGCGCGGUGGCAACCAAAUACCGUGUUUAUCCGAGAGGCGGGUGUACAUACCUUGAUAACGAAAUCUAAAUUGAAUGCGGCCAAAGAGUUUAAACUGUGGUUAUUUGACAGUGUGUUGCCCGAAUUGCGACAAACCGACGGUCAAGAUGGUCGCGGUAACGUUGAAGCGGUGGCCCUACCGCGACGAACGGUAGCGGCAGCCGCAAACGGCUCCACCACCAUCGGCUGUUAUGACAAAACACUUACGGAUGUUCAACUGGAAUUAUUGCGAUUAAAGUUGGAAUUGUUGGAGGUAAACUCUAAGCUGGCCAAAUACGACAUUACAAUAGCCGAAUUGAAACGCAACUACGAGCGCCAAUUGUCUGAAUUUAAAGAAGGCGCCUAUCGAAUGCAGUUAAUACUAAAGGAUCUGGAGACGCCCUUCAACAUCACCAGCUCGACUCGGGUCGUCGCCGCCGCUACCACCACCACGCAAACUUUCAAAGAAGACUACGUCACGGGGUACAUGGUUCGCGGUGAGCGUCGAAGCCGUUACCGCCAUCACCAUCAGCGCAGCCACCACGAGGAAAUGAAGACUGUAUAA